AUGACAAUUCGUCGAAUCUUCAUGGAUAUACGUGAUCCGUCGCGAUACAGUUGUGGUACAUCUUACUUGUUGCAAUUGUGCUGUAAUCUUCCCACGUGCACUUUUUAGUUCCGCUCGAGUUCUUCCUUUUCGACGAAUAAAUCAUUGACACAAUGGGAGAUACAUUGCACAAAGAUAGAUACGAGAUAUGUAAGUGAAAUCACAUUUCAUAUCUUCCGUUUUAUCAGUUUCUGUUGUUCCACAUUGUUGCUUUCAUUGGGUAUUAUGCGUUCUACGUUUGAUGAUUUUAACGUAGUAUUUUUUUUAUCCGUAAUGAUUUUUAUUUUAUUUCAAAACGAAAAUAACUCGUUUUACAUUGAUUAUUUGUACUGGACAUAGAGUAUCGAAGUGCAAUGCUGCAAAUUAUAUUUGAUAUAUUUUGUGGAAAUAGCAAAUUUAGCAAUGCGCAGUGGAGGUAAUAUAGGAGGUGAUAGUGAUAUGAAACUGGAACCAUCUAGUCCCACAGAGAAGUAUACUUUUUCUCGUUGUAGUAGUACUGGGUCAGUGAAUACACCAUCUUCGUCUGCUCAUAAUACAGAAGAUGAAGAUAGUGAUAACAAAAAUUCAACUAUAAGUUACAAAGAACGCAGGAGAGAAGCUCACACACAGGCUGAACAAAAAAGAAGAGAUGCUAUCAAAAAAGGAUAUGAUUCUCUUCAAGAUUUGGUUCCCACUUGCCAACAUACUGAUUCCUCUGGUUAUAAACUUUCCAAGGCUACUGUACUUCAAAAAUCCAUCGAUUAUAUACAAUUCUUGUUACAACAGAAGAAAAAACAAGAGGAAGAACGUAAUGCGUUAAGAAAAGAAGUUGUAGCAUUGCGGAUUAUGCAAGCUAAUUACGAGCAGAUUGUGAAGGCUCACCAGACCCAACCAGGGCAUGCAGAAAUGCGUGUAUCUGAUGAAACUAAAUUUCAAGUAGUAAGAUUAGUUGUAUUCCAGGCAAUUAUGGAUCGUUUGUUCCAAACAUUCAAUAACAUUUCAGUAGCAAAUUUUGCAGAAUUAUCUGCAUGUGUGUUCAGUUGGUUAGAGGAGCACUGUAAACCUCAAGUGAGUAAAUUACUUUUCAAAUUAUUAUAAAUAGUUUUUUAAAUAAGGUAAACGUAUACCAUUUGAUAAAUAAUGCACUUCAAAUAUUUCAGACUUUACGCGAAGUAGUACUCUCUGUUCUCCAGCAGCUUAAUAGCCAAAUCAGCUAG